GCAGGUGAACCGCUUUUGUGUUAAGAAAACAGCGACAAAGCGCUAAACAAACAGGAGUUUGCAGUGCAGAAGAUAACUGUUUACAGUAUCACAGAACAACUGUUUAACCACGGGAGAUGUCGCUGAACGGCACAGCUGCGGGCCUGGACGUGGGUCCGCUGAGGUUCGAAUGGCUGGACCACGCGGUCUUCCUGCUGAUGCUGGUCGUCUCCGGGGCGGUGGGCGUCUACUACGGCUUCUUCCGGCGGGAACAGACCACCUCCAAGGCCGACUAUCUGCACGGCGGCAAGCGGAUGGGCGUCCUGCCCAUUGCCAUCUCCCAGAUUGCCAGCCACACGUCCGGCCUAACGCUGGUGGGCGUGCCCUCAGAGGUGUACCUGUACGGCAGCCUGCUGGGAUGGUCGUGGAUCUCGGCGCUGCUCACCGCCGUCGCCAUCCACUACAUCUACCUGCCCGUCUUCUUCGGACUGCAAGUCACGUCUGCCUAUGAGUAUCUGGAGCGCCGAUAUAACAAGACAUUGCGGGUAAUAGCAUCUGGGAUCUAUGCUUUCAACAUGGUACUUCAUAUACCAUUCUUCAUCUACGUGCCGGCUUUAGUCUUCAACCAAGUUUCUGGUAUCGGUGUGCACGUGAUCUCACCUAUUGUAUGCGCUGUGUGUAUCUUCUACACUAUGUUGGGCGGCCUCAAGGCGGUGGUGUGGACGGACGUCCUCCAGAGUGUGGUGGCACUCGGUGCGUGCCUGGGCGUCAUGGGGCUCGGACUCUACACCGCUGGAGGGCCGCUCAACGUCUGGAGGAUCGCAGACCAGGGCGGCCGCGUCGACCUCUUCGAGAUGACGCUGAAUCCGUUCGUGCGCACUUCCUUCUGGACGGUAACCCUCGGCGUGACUGCCACUUGGAUGGCUGGACGCGCCAUCAACCAGGACAUGGUCCAGAGGUUCAUCGCUCUACCAGACUUGGCCGCCGCCAAAAAGUCCUUGAUGGGUUUCACAAUUGGUAUCAUUAUCACCAAUAUUAUCAGCAUCUCGACUGGUCUCUUGGUUUAUUCCUUAUACUACGACUGCGACCCUUUAAUGAGCAAGGCGAUCCAGCGGCCAGACCAGCUGCUGCCGCACUACGUGAUGCAGGUGGCCUCCCACGUCCCCAUGCUGCCGGGCCUCUACGUGGCCGGAGUCUUCAGCGCUGCUCUCAGCUCCAUGUCAAGCGCAAUGAACGCGCUGGCAGGAACCAUCUACGAGGACUUUGUGCAGCCGCGGCUGACGGAGAAGACCACGGAGCGGACUGUGAACCUCAUCAUGAAGGCCAUCGUGCUCGUCGUGGGGAUCAUCGCCUGCGUCCUCGUCCUCCUGGUGGAGCGGCUUGGCACAGUCUUAGAGCUAGCAUACAGCACUUCUGGAAUUGCGAACAGUGCUCUGCUUGGUACAUUCACUUUGGGCAUGGUGUGUCCGUGGGCUAACUGGAAGGGCGCUGUGAUCGGGUCUGCGGCUGGGAUGCUGCUGGUGAUGGUGAUGAUGGUGGGCGCGCAGCACGCCUUCACCACUGGGCUGAUGAAAUACCCGCGGCUGCCCGUCUCCGUGGAGGGCUGCUCCGCCAACGUCACGGCCGCCAUCGCCUCGGCCGCUGCCGCCACCACUCCCAGGCCAGAAGCCACAGGCUCGGUGCCAGCGCUGUUCCGCGUGUCCUACAUGUACUACACGCUCCUGGGCACUCUGGUGGUGAUGCUGGUGGGUGCCGCCGCCAGCUUCGCAACAGGUGCCACGUCGCCCACCAGCCUGGACCCGGCGCUGCUGGCGCCACAGCUACGCUGGCUCGCCGACAAGGGGCGGCAACGGCGGCAGGGCGGCAGCCGACUCUCUGCUGGCGGUGGGCACGAGGACAGAGGCAGGAGUGGGGACGACAGAGAAGAAGAGGGCGCCACAGAGCUGCUGGUCUGUGAGAAAGGAGCCGAGGCCGGAGGACAGCCUGACAAGUAG